CGCGAUAAUGAAUGGUUUUUGCCUUCACCCCUCAUCCCAUUGAUUCGAAGACGCGAUAGAUCCACCCUUACACUGCCAUUGCAAUUGACUAUAAUAGGUUAUUGAGGGAUUUUACAGAUUUAUCAAGGAUAUGAUGGCCAGUUUAACGCCCGCAGAGGCACGAAAGCAACUGCAGCAACUAGCAGACGACAAUGGCGACUUGAAAUCACAAUUGAACAUCCUCCGCAUCAGCGAGCCGAUAUUCUCCCCUGACUCUGAUACCAGGCGCUCAUCACCAUCUAAGCGUAGGUCAGAUGUAUCUACCUUUGAAACACCAACACCUGCUUCCCUGGAAGCGGACUUGACACACUAUAAAGAAUUGUUCUCGAAGUUACGCUUUUCCUACGUUGAGCAAGUUACGAAGGAGAAAUUUCUGCGUGCGAUUGUGGGCGAUCCGCCCCUGGUGGUCGGUCACAAUGAAAAUGUUGAGAUGGAAGCGCAGUUGGCCGAAGUAAAGGCGGACCUCAAGGCCCGCAAAGAAGAAGUCCGAACUAUGGUGGAGGAGAUGGAGAAGCUGGGUAGAGAUCUGGCGAAUCGUUACAAGAAUGUCCAGCUACAAAUGACCCAACUCUCAACACUUCCUGAGUCAAUUGAAAACCUCGAAUCCACUGUUGCCGAGCUACGUGCAAAACAAGGAUCAGACGCAAACGGCCCAGAAUCGCAAAACCUCCCCCUUCCUGCAACGCUGAGUCUCCUGUCUGAGCGGGAGGCGGAGCUUGCGGCUCUUGAUCGACAACUUGCUGCGGUGCAGAAUACCCUGCCCCGCAAGACACGAGAGGCCGAGGCGGUGGAGCGUGAAUUGGGUGUUCUAGAACGGCGGAAGACAGAAGCGAUCGCACAGGCCCAAGAGGUUAGGAGAAAGAAGGAGGAAGGCGAAAGUGACGGGCUGGUGGAGACGGGAAGAUGGUACCGGAGCGCGGAAGAAACACUCAAAAACCUUCUAGGUGUUACAGGAUGAGGGCAAUAGGCGUAGGCAUGAUUUGACGAUAUUGGCCCUAGGGACACGGCGUUUGCGGUGGAUAAGCCAUGCAUGAUUACUUAGGUGUUCAGUGCUCAGGGAUUACUACGACUAGGGAACCAAAUGGUAUGGGAAUCGAGCCGUAGGCUACUAGUUCAUUAAUGGAAUCGCAUGAUCGUACAACGUUAUACGCUAUGCUGCAGCCAUAACGGAGCCCCGUGAUUUUAUUUUGGCUAACGAAACCCGUCCGUACUCCAAUUUUUAAUCCUUUACUCCUCGUCCUCCUCAGCCUCGUCGUCACCACCACCGGCAGCAGCGGCAGCCUUCUUGCGCUGGACACGGCCAGGGCGGCCACCACCGUAGGGGGAGGUAAGGGCGAAGUCGAUGUGCUUCUGGGAGU